AUGCCGGCCGCUCGAGCUCCUCCUAGAAGUAAUCCCGUAGUAAGACUGCUACUGUCUUCUAGGGGAGAGCUGCCUCGCAGUAAGAGACACAGAGAAAGCGGUCGACAGUCUAUCCGCCCGCCGACCAUGCUGCUUAGAGCGGCCAGGUCGCCAUGCGCGCGCCUGCCGCAGCGAUCCCCGACUGCUCGUUGUGGUGUGGCGAGCCAGCGGACGACUGUCUGCAAUUGGAACCAGCUGCGUGUUUUCACCACAAAUGGGGGUUCGUGGAAGAGACAGGAUGUCAGUCAAGCGCCGUCGCCACGAAAGCCGGUGGAUGUGACUCCCCAGACCUCGAGAAUUACCGCUGGCGAUGCUGCCCAGAAGCAGACGGGCCCCGGGACUGCGACGCCGGAAAAGAAGGGCGAUUUACUCAAUGAUACAAAGGUCGUCAAUAAGGAGCAGAGGAAGGUAGACUGGGCGAUUAUGAAGGAAAUGGCAAAAUAUCUUUGGCCAAAGGACGACUGGGGCACCAAAGUUCGCGUGGGAACGGCCCUUGCACUCCUUGUCGGAGGAAAGGUUCUGAACGUAGAGGUGCCAUUUUACUUCAAAAGCAUCGUCGACGCCAUGAACAUUGACUUUGCCGCCGUGGGAGGGACAGCUUACACCGUUGCGGGUUCAAUGAUACUCGCAUAUGGUGCCGCCAGAAUCGGGGCGACAUUGUUCCAAGAACUUCGAAACGCCGUGUUCGCCAGCGUGGCUCAAAAGGCCAUCCGGAAAGUGGCAGGCAAUGUUUUCAGCCACCUGCUGCGACUAGAUUUGAAUUUCCAUUUGAGCCGUCAGACUGGUGGUCUAACGAGAGCCAUUGACCGAGGAACCAAAGGCAUCAGCUUCCUCCUCACGUCGAUGGUAUUCCACGUGUUUCCCACUGCGCUCGAAAUAUCGAUGACGUAUCAAUAUGGCUUUAAAUUUGCCGCCAUCACCGCAGCAACAAUGGUCGCAUACACGGCGUUCACUAUCACCACUACAUCAUGGCGGACAAAGUUCCGAAAGCAGGCCAACGCAGCCGAUAACCGCGGUGCCACCGUAGCGGUAGAUUCUCUCAUCAACUAUGAGGCUGUCAAAUACUUCAAUAACGAGAAGUAUGAGGUUGCUAGAUAUGACAAGGCGCUCCAGGCUUACCAGGAUGCUUCCAUCAAGGUGACGACGUCCCUUGCUUUCCUGAAUUCCGGGCAAAAUAUGAUUUUCUCCAGUGCCUUGGCGGCCAUGAUGUAUCUUGCAGCAGAUGGCGUGGCUUCCGGGACAUUGACGGUCGGAGAUCUGGUGAUGGUCAACCAGCUCGUCUUCCAGCUCUCGGUGCCCCUCAACUUUCUCGGAUCGGUUUAUCGCGAGCUGAGACAAUCUCUCCUUGAUAUGGAAACCCUUUUCAAUUUGCAAAAGGUCAACGUGAGCGUCCAGGAACGUCCUAACGCGAAGGUUCUGGACCUGGCCCGCGGAGGCGAGAUUCGAUUCGAAAACGUCACCUUCGGUUAUCAUCCUGACCGUCCCAUUCUCAAGAAUGUCACCUUCACGAUUCCCGCCGGUAAGAAGUUUGCCAUUGUCGGACCCAGUGGCUGCGGCAAGUCGACAAUCCUGAGGCUGCUGUUCCGCUUCUAUGACGUCCAGGAAGGCCGUGUGUUGAUCGACGGCCAGGACGUACGGGAUGUCACCCUGGAGAGCCUGCGGAAGGCCAUUGGCGUUGUUCCGCAGGACACUCCUCUCUUCAACGAUACCAUCGAGCACAACAUCCGUUACGGACGAAUCAGUGCGUCUGAUGAGGAGGUGAGGAAGGCGGCUCAGAGAGCCCAUAUCCACGACCUCAUUGAACGGUUGCCCGAUGGAUACAAGACUGCGGUGGGAGAACGAGGCAUGAUGAUCUCCGGUGGCGAGAAACAACGAUUAGCAGUGUCGCGGUUGAUCCUCAAGGACCCGCCGUUGCUGUUCUUCGAUGAAGCGACUUCAGCACUCGACACAUACACGGAGCAGGCCCUCCUGCAGAAUAUUAACAGCAUCAUCAAGGAGAAGGCCCGCACGAGUGUGUUUGUGGCGCACCGGCUGCGGACCAUCUACGACUGCGACCAGAUCCUGGUGUUGAAAGAUGGACGGGUGGCUGAAACCGGUACGCAUGCAGAGUUGCUUGAGAAGGAUGGAAUUUAUGCAGAACUCUGGCAUGCCCAGGAACUCUCCCUGGCGCAAGACGCCGAUCUUGAACGUGAUCUUGAGCGAGAGGAGACAGAAAACGAAGACUCCUCCACACCCACCCCAUCUGCUCCUGGCAACAAACAGAAAUAA